ACUCGUCCACGCCCAAGAGUGCACUCGAUUUAAGGCUCGGAGUAGCCCGGCCGGUCAAAACAACUAAUUCAUAUGAUUUAACGCAGGCUGCUCGUCUUGCGUGGACGCACCCAGGUAGAUACGAACUGUAUCAGGCAUCCGUCGGUGCAUCCCUUGCACAAAUGCACCUGCUUUCAAAGGUUCAGGGCGCCGCCACGAGUGCAGUGUCAAUGAAUGAAAUGUCAGUUUUUGCUCAAAUAAGUGGAUUUGGAUGGAGAAAAUUUCACUUGAUGAGAUAUUUCUUGAUGAUCUGAAUGGCGGUGGCAAAUAACGAGGUUAUGAAGCCUCAGGAGGGAGAGCUAGUCAGUGAGAUCUCCAAGGCUGUGGAAAUACUUUUCCUUUCUGAGGACAAUGGUCACCUACACACCCAGCUCCAGGGCCUGGUGUCAGAGCUGAAGGUGGGCUUCUCCAGUGCUCUGUAUGAGCUGAGUCAGAUCCAGCAUGGAGACAGUGAUAUCAGGGAGGAGGUGGGAGAAGCCCGGAGGAGCUGUGAGAGAAAGGCCCUGCGCAUGGAGACCCUGGUUGAAUCUCUCAGGGAUGAACUGGGAGAGAUGCGUUGCCAGAUCCUGCAACUCUGUGGUAGCAACAGGCAGAGGUCUCCUAUACAGCAGGAGGUAAAGGUGACACAAUCAGCUCUGGCAACCCAGAGAGACAGUGAUACAGGUCUUGUGGUGAAUGGGAGGAGCCACUGUGAGUGCAGUGCCAGUAGCAGCACAUCCUCCUCUUCGAACCGGGGCAGAGUCCUGCUCCACUGCUACCUGCAGGGGCUCAAAGCAGGGAUGUAUGAGGGGACAGAUGCAAGGCACCAAGUGACGAUGCAGCUUCUCCACUCAGAAUGGGAAUACGUGUCGACCUUAAACCAGCUCUACGAAAAGUACAGAACACCUCCUGCUCUGCAGAUGGACCUGGAGCCAUAUCAGAAUUACCUGAAGUUUGUGGAGGAGUUGCUGCAGCGCCACCUUCUGUUCAGAAACACUCUGGAGCAGAGGUUGUCUGCUCACGACUGGAAAGGCCUUGUGGGAGACAUCUUUGUCCAACUCGUAGGCCACAAUGAUUCAUCUUUCUUGGACAUAUACCACGGAUACACGACAGCGCUGGCCACGUUUCUUUCUAUAGAAUUCAACAGAAUAAUGCUCAAUGGGAAAAUACAAAGCACACAGAGCUAUACGAAGGAAAGAGAGGAAGUUCAACUGUUCUCUCUGCUGUUGGCACCAGUCUCUCGAAUCCACAGCUACCUAACCCUCAUUCAGAGUCUGUUGCAGUGGACUGACAGCGAUCACCCAGACUGCAGUCUCCUCCAGGGGUCAGAGAGGGUCCUGAGGAACAUCCUUUCCCGCUGUCACCUCAUCCUGGAGGACGAUGUUCGAUGGGGAGACGGAGGAAGAAUGGCCGGGCCCAGUGGCAGCUGCUCUGCCUGCCCCUGUGCCAAGUCGUGCGAUCACAGAAGCCAGCUCUGCCCUGCCACGGACACACAGAAACACAGACAGGAGUCCCGUGAUGCUGCUGGGAAACGAGAGGAACAACAGCCACGUCUAUCUAACUGUGCCGCCGGCUGCCAGGGCAUGCCUGUUGCCCGUUGGUCUACCGGUACUGUACGGAAGAAGAGCUGUUACAGAGACAGGACAGGUGGGACCUUCCAGUCUCAUCUCCAUGACUCCUGCGGCAUGGCCGGACUGGUCUACGGUGGGGACAUCAGCGCCUUCCUCCAUACGGCACCCCCUGGGUGGGGGGACAGCGACUCUGGACAGGAGUCUCCUAGCCAGGCUACGGGGGUUAAGGUACAUGGACACGGCCCCCAGACCCCUGGUCCUCACAUGGUCCAGAGAAGCACUGAUGACUGUGACACGGAGGAGGACGUUGGGGACACCUCCGUGUUCGACUACUCCUCCGUCACCACCUGUAGCCCAGACGGGACCCUGAGGGGGGAAGCGAGUAAUACCGAGGACGAGGAAGAGGACACAGACAGUCAGGUGCCUGUUCUGUUGAAGCCCUCGUACACACAGCAGCAGUCGCUGAGGGAUUCGCCCAGAGAACGGACGGUAUGUCUGAGGUGGCAGAUACCCAGGCUGCCGUACCCUUCUUCUCGAAGUCCUCGACACCACGCAGGACCAGCGGGCCUGGAGGGACAGGGUCAGACAUCAGGGCCAGCAGGACCCUAUGGGAACAGAGUCAUCAACAUCACUAAGGGACCACCUCCUCUCAUCCCCACCAGUGUCUUCAGACCCAUCUGGGAUGAACCACCAAAACAGGAAGAUGCAGCACCCGUAAAGGAAAAUACACCACAAGGCUUCAGACCGGUUCAAGCCACUGAGAGGCAGACAUUUCCUAACUUCAAAAAGCUAAGGUUCGAAACCCAGCCGAGAGUUGGCCACGUCCAGGCAGGAGCCAUGGGAGGUGUUGCAGUGUGGGAUGAGAGUGAGGAGGACAGUGAGGGGCCUUGUAGCACCGUAUGAGAGAGGGAGACUGUCUGUGAGACCAAUUUAGAAGUUUGCAGCACUAUUUGAGAGAUCAACCGACCAAGACUACAGCCCUGUGAGAGAGAAGGAUUCAUCUAAGAGACCAGCCCAACAAUCUACAGCACUGUGUAAGAGAGGGAUUCAUCUAAGAGACCAGCCCAACAGUCUGCAGCACUGUGUGAGAGAGGGAUUCAAUCUAAGAGACCAGCCCAACAGUCUGCAGCACCGUGUGAGAGAGGGAUUCAUCUAAGUGACCAGCCCAACAGUCUACAGCACUGUGUGAGAGAGGGAUUCAUCUAAGAGACCAGCCCAACAGUCUACAGCACUGUGUGAGGGAGGGAUUCAUCUAAGAGACCAGCCCAACAGUCUGCAGCACUGUGUGAGAUAUAGACCAUCUGAAAGACUGUCUGACAGACUAACCCAGAGGUCUACAGCACUGUGGGACACCAAACGAGCAAUCAGAACAGCAACCAAAUCUCUUGCAUGCUGGCUACUUAAUUAGCAUUUAUGGUCUGUCACGAGACCAACCCAGAGGACUAACAGCACUGUGUGAGAGAGACCAUCAUUUGAGAGACCAACCCAUAAGGUCUGCAGUACUGUGUGAGCGAGAGACUUUGUACUGCGUGUGUGAGAGAUAAUUUGUACUGUGUGUGUGAGAGAGAGAUAAUCCUGAUCACAGACGGUCUAAGGUCUGCAACAAAAAAACAAUAACAAUGGUGGUGGGGUGGCCAGUGACGUCGUUUCCCCCCAACUGCAGAGUCCAUCUUCAAGGUCUUCACUGCAGCAUCAUCUGAAAGAUUGACCAGCCUGCAUGACUAAGCAUUACACACUAGACAUCCCUGUAACAGCACAGUUCCCCUAAAGAGAAUAAAGUGGAGAGGAAACAUCCUGAAACAAGAAGAACACUUGAAAAUCAGAAGCGAUUUGGACUCAUUCCAGAUCAGUCGCUCUGACCAACACAGAGGUCCUGAAAAAAAAAGACAUUCAGGAGAAAUGAGAAGAUGUGUGUCCCAAAUGGCACCCAAUUCUCUGUUUACAGGAAACUGUAAUUUACAGGUAAUUCUCUGUUUACAGGAAACUGUAAUUUACAGGUAACUGUAAUUUUCAGGUAAUUCUCUGUUUACAGGAAACUGUAAUUUACAGGUAAUUCUCUGUUUACAGGUAACUGUAAUUUACAGGUAACUGUAAUUUACAGGUAAUUGUAAUUUACAGGUAAUUGUAAUUUACAGGUAAUUGUAAUUUACAGGUAAUUGUAAUUUACAGGAAAUUGUAAUAACACAUUCUAACGUCAUAUUUUAUCACAUAGUUGAAUAAAGUUCUGCGUUUUGGAGGA